UUGAGUCCCCCGUGUUAACUUUCUAAAUGCCUUGUAGAAGCGAUUGACAAUACAAGAUCCAAAGAAGGUUAUUAGGGGAGGAUUUUAUCACUUUCGGUACCUACGGAGAAGAAACAGGUCUCAAAGGAUUUUCCCCCGACUUGGACGCAGAAGUUCUCGACCGGAACCAGCCCAGGGCCAGAGAAUAAGUGAACUUCGCCACCUAAGAGUGCCAAUGACGAUGGAGAAAUCUGGAUCGAAGAAGAAACGAAACAAGCCAGGCUUUACAGUUGCAAGUGGCAAGCACACUCUUUCUUCAAACGAACUAUUGCACUGUUUCUUGUCAAGGUUCCACGAGUUUGACUUUCUCCUGUUCCAUCGAAUGCGAGCCCAGCCCAAGGCUAGCAGCAGCGUGGGAGCUUUGGAGCCUCUGAAGGGAAUUGACGCAGAUAUCUUCAGGUGUGGACUCGAGGACGUACAAGCUCCAAGGUUACUUCAUGUACGCUGUGCACAGGCUGAGGCCGAACUAUUUGCUGCUUCCUGCGAACGCUCCCAAGUAUGGAGUCCAAUUCAUGAGGAUGAUACAAGGCUACAAGUUUCAGGCAAGAGUAUUAGUGAGGGUGAACAAGAUUCUGUAAGGUGACUCCAGACGCAGUUGCCUAGACGGCCAUGAUCCGCGAUGGGGACACACGAAUGGUUUUAAGCUCUUCAAUGAGAUGCAAGACGAAUGGCACUUCUUUGUGUGCUCACGGCGUGCAGCCAUCCCAGGCUUGUCCGUGCUAAGCAAAAGUAUGGAGUUUGUCUAUUGACUGAAGCGCCGAGCUGGAGGAAGCGCGAAAAUGGUUCAAAGCCAGCUGCUUGACAAGAAGUGGAAGAAUGCGGGCUUACUUUCGAUUGGCUUGGCGAGGAAAAAUAAAAGUUAAGACAACGAUCAAAAAAUUUAGAUUGGGGAUGCCAGGAAUCGAACCCGGAGUCUUUUUGUUUGGUCAAAUAGAGGAUUAACCCGAAUAAAAGACCUUGCUUAGUGA